AUGUUCCGUGCUUGUAUGCAGAAAGUGCCGGGCACAUUGUCGGACGGGCAUGUCGGUGCCAGCGUGCUUUCCGCGACGUCGUUCGGGUGGGUAGCAAAACAGAUCGACCAUCUGACAGGCGAGAAGGGUCGUCGUGGGGUGAGCAUCGAGAGCAUCGGGAUGAAGGGGCUGAAGGCUUUGCGCGACAGCAUGGUUGAGUACGUCGGCAAGGUCAUUGCCGUAAAACGCACCGCGACGCCGACUUCUCAAGCCGCCGGACCCGCCGACAAUGCCAUAGAUGACGACGUCGCGGAAGGACAGAAGGCGCCCCAAGGUGCAGUUGCCGCCCAGCAUCAUGGGAACGCGAGGGUGCAUGGGGAAGGUGGAAACGGUGGAGGAGGCGACGCAGAGGCAGGUGCAGGAAGGUCGGAAACGGAGAAGUCGUCGUCGUCGUCGUCGGAGUCGGAGUCGGAGUCGGAGGAGGAAGACGAGGCAGUGAAGCGUAAGGACGAGGAGGAGUAUGAGGAGGAGGAGGAGGAGAAUAAGGACGAGAAUGGUGAGAAGUGGGAGGGAGGGAAGGAUGAGGAGGGGGGGGAUGAAGAGGUGGAGUUCGUGGUGGAGUAUGUAGAGGGUACGGUUGAGGCGGGAGCGGCGGAAGAGGCGGUGGGGUCGGCAGAUCAGGGGAAUGAGGAAGAGAAGGAUGACGGCGCGGGAAAUGCUACGAGGUCGGCAGAUGUGGGGAAGGAGAAGGGCGAGGUCGGCGUGGAGGCACCUGGAAAUGGCCAGGAUGAGGCGACCUGCGAAGGAGGUGGGAAGGUGUCGGUCGACGCCGGCGAAGGGGCGAACAACACGGGCGAGCAGGAGGCCGGGGAAGCACCUGGUCGGCAGGGCCCAGAACUGGACGACUUCGAGGUUCUGCGACGGGAGAACUGGUUGUUGCGGGCGGAGAACGCUCGGCUGGCGUCGUUGCUCGAUGCGGAGCGGUCCCGGCUGGACAGUUUUUUUGUUGGGGUCAGUCGACUCGUCGACCACGUUAAAGGGUUGGCCGAGCAGGUCGACGACACCGACAAGUAUGCCGCGGAACAGCUGCGAAACGCGACGGAGGCCAUGUCGAAGACCAUCACGGGCAACAUCUCCGGCAGCUUUGACGAAGCGUGGAAGUCGAUGAAGACUUUCGCGGAACAUGCGACGGAGUGGUUGGAGGACUUCGACAAUCCGGAGGGUCGUGUCGCGUAUGCACGAGCGUUAGCGGUCUCCUCCUUGGCCGAACACGUGGAUUCGGUGGUGGGCGAUGCGAAGAAGAGGUUGGAAGAGUACAUCUCGAACCACCUUGCCUCCGCGCAGGUCAGCAUCGCCACCGCUUUGACCGCCAGGCUCGCCGUGCCGCCGCCGCCACCGCCUCAUCCCACGCCGCCCGCCAUCCCAGAAGAGAUUUUGAAGUCGUUCAAGGCCGACAUCCUGAAGGCGGUGACGGAGGCCACCCAGCAGUCUUUCGUUGCUUCCGGGAUGAAGAUCAUGACAGAGAUGAUCGGCACUGUGGCGCCUGGUCGACGUUGGUCGUCGCCUUCGGCCAAUGACGCCGAUAACGCGCAAACAAAAACGGCCGAGAAGCAGGGCCAUAAGAGGACCGGCGACCGAGACGACAAGGGGAGCUCGAAGCGGAGCAAGGGAGCGGACGGUAGUUUCGGGUCGAAGCCUGCGCAAAAAAGUGUGGUCGACCAGCUGAAGACGAAGGCGGGGUGGAAGGUGGUAAGGACGUCGCACAGCAAGGGAGGCGGAAGCGGGGGAGCAGAGGGUGGCCCUGCCGACGGGGUUGCCGCUAACCUAGCUGCUCCGACUGGCCCGCCUUUGGUCGCCGAGCAGACCCAUCCUCAGGCGAGCGGUGGGAAAGGCGUUAUCGACAAGGAGGUGCCAACUGCUCAGGCGGCGAAUGUUGGUGACUCCGGAACCACCAAGGGACCACCCGUCGCGGCGGCGGCCAAGCCUGCUUCUGCUACGGUAGCCGGCACCACCAAGUCGAGUCCCCGUAACCCCCUUGCGGCUACCAGCGCGCCUGCCGGCCAGUCAGGUGCGAUCAAAGAUGGCGAGGCUGCUCCAGCUCCAGCAGCCCCGACUGCCGCCAAGGUUGUCGCGAAGGUUGCUUCGGCUAAGGGUGAUGCCAUGGCAUCAGCUAAGGCCCCCCCCGGUGGUACCGCGCUCAGAGAGAUGCUCCGCCGCAUGGAGGCACAUAGCAGGGACGUGCAGCAGCAUCCCGUGGUCGACGCCGGCCUUCCUGGAACAGCACGCCGCUCCGUCACUACCGCGACGCCGAUGUCGGUAAACGCGACCGCACCCACACCAGGUGUAUCUGUGGUCGAUGUGGCGGCGGAGAAGGGAGUGAGUGCAGCGCUCGCCACCGGCGGCCGCGCAGACAAGCAUGCCGACCUCGCUGUCGUCAUGGCCCAUUUUGAGGCAGCAAAGCGCCCCGAGCACGCCCCUGUUAUGGCCAUCAUGGACACGGCGCAUGUGGUGCCGUCGGCGACCCACGGAGGGGGUUCGACGGAGCAGACGGCCGCAACGGCUGCUGUCGCCGAGAUAAAUGCUGGACGGAAGGAAAAGGACGACAACGGGAAAGGGAAGGCGGUCUCUCAGAGGAGCACGCGGGCGAUGACUGCGGGGAAGUUGACGUCGGAAGAGAAAGGAAAGAAGGCGGAAGGGGAGAAGGACAAGACGGGCGGCAAGGGUAAGCCGGCGAAGAAGAAGGAGAAGGCGGAGGAGGAGGACGAGGAGGGCGGCGAGGGAGAUAAAGAGCAUGGACGCAGGGGUCAUGGCAUCCGCCGAGACAAGGCUGGCGACGGGCAAGGGUGGGUGGGCGAAAUUAAGGUACACGGACAGAAUCGGUACAUCGGCAAGUCGAGGGAGAAGAUGGAGCUGGCCUACGAGCACGCGAUUGCGUUCGUCGUCUACGACGGCUACGUGAGCAAGGUGCUCAUGAAGGAGCUCAUGUUGAGAUAG